UAUAGGCAUUGGACAAGAUGAAGUUAUGGGAGGAUUGGAAGAGGUUGCACCAGGCAGCAACGUCCAGUACUAACUGUUAUCUUGGUGUUUUUCCGGAUAUUCAUGUUAAUUUUCCAACCAUGAAAGUCAUUAUGUGGAAUGUUAGAGGGGCCGUCAGUAGAGAGUUUGUGUCUCAUGCUCGGGAAGUGAUUAAAAUACAUAACCCGGAGGUCUUUAUUGUGUUGGAGACCAUGGCUAAGGAUAGAGUUGCUCAACAUGUUUAUAGGGUGUUGGGAUUCGAUGAUUGUAGAACAAUUGAGGCCAACGGAAUUAGGGGAGGAAUGUGGCUGCUCUGGAAGAAACCAAUUAAUCUUUUGGAGUUUGCCAUAGAUUCCCCUAAUGUCUUUCAUUCCUUAUUUAAGAUCAGCCCAGACAUUCCAGAAUUUCUCCUGACUGGUAUCCAUGCUCCCUCAUCAGUAAAAGAUAAGGCGGCCUUAUGGAAGGAUUUGGAGGAUAAUGCUCCCCCUGCUUCGACACCUUGGUUAGUUCUCGGAGAUAUGAAUGAGGUAGUUUCUCAAAAUGAAAAAAUGGGAGGUCGCCCGGUGACUAAUGUUCAGGGAAAAAAGUUUCAGAAAUGGAUGGAUUCUGCCAGGCUUAUUGACUUAAAGUACAGUGGCCCUAGGUUCACUUGGGAUAACUGUCGAGAUGGUGUGAACUUGAUUCGAGAGAGACUUGACAGAGCUCUUGCUAAUGCUGAAUGGCUAAAGGAUCACCCUAAUACUCAGGGAAAGCAAAAGAACCCAACCUUAGUGGCAGCUGCGUCCACCUGGAAAAGACCCCCACCGGGGUAUGUCAAGAUCAACACGGAUGGAGCUUGGCGUGGAGAAGGCUCAGCAGGUGCGGGUAGCAUCAUUCGAGAUGCAGAUGGUUCAUGGAUGAUGGGGAAAGCUUGGAAAACUAAGGCUCGAAACCCAACAGAGGCGGAGUUACUAGCCAUUAAAGGAGGAAUGCAAAUGGCCAUUGAGGCUUCCUUCGACAAGGUGGUCAUCGAAACUGAUGCUAUUUCCCUUAAAAACACCAUUGAAGACGCUGGGAAGUAUGGUACAAGUGAGUUGGUUGCGAUUCUCAGGGACAUGGAAGCUAUGCUAUCCAAGGGCUGCCACUUUGAGUUCAAUUAUGUACCAAGGGGCGCAAAUGGAGUAGCUCAUCUUCUUGCUAAAACUGCUGUGGAAAAGGAGGCUAUUGAUGGUCUGGGAAAGCUGUUUGACAAUCCCCCUGGUACCAUUAGAGAUGUAUAUGAAGGGGACAUGCUUCGAAGUGUUGAAUGAUUAGUGUUUCAAGCCUGACCCGUAGUGUUCGAGGGUGCAUUUCCUUUAUUAUUAUGAUUAGUGCUCUUCUUUGGUUGUUUUUCCCCCCUUAGGCAAUGUGCCUAAGUUGUUAUGGGAUGUAGUAUGUUGUUUCUGUUAUCUAGCUGGAAGGCUAAACUAUGGACCUCUUUUGUACUGCUUAAUUUGAUUUUUAAUUAAAUUUCCUUUUCCCCUAAAAAAAGAGUUUAAUGAGUAAUGUACUAAUGUUAUUUUAUUUUAUUUAUUAAUUUUUCUAAUGUAUUCUUGUACAAAGUGAGUUUUAUAGUGACUAGGGUGGUCUACGCGGAUGCGCGCAAAGGGGCUAGCUCUUGCAGAUAGAGAAACUAUAUUGGCGUGUAUUUACACCUUUGGUUAAGGUGGUAAAACUGGUAGUUUUAAUAUGUACUAUAUAGGU